CUCCCUUUGUCUCUCUCACUCACCGCAUCUGCUUCCUUCUCUCAACAAAACCUAGCCUCCAAUGCCACUUUCUUCUUCAAGUUGUGUCACCGCCACCGCACUACCGCCGCCGUCGCGAUUUGCGCCGUCGCCGUCCGCACUGCACCCAUGGUCGUCGAAACGCGUCUGCUCGCCUCGCUUUCCCGUCAGUUUUGAGCUUCCGCGUCUGUUCUCAGCUUCCGCCACCUCUGUAUCGCCGUGCUUCCGUCGCGGUACUCCCUCUUCGUCGCUUGGUCGAGCUUGCCUCAAGCCCUUGUUUUUGCUCCAGCCUGCUGUUAUCACCACGCUUCGGCCUCUGUUUUGGCUGAGCUUACGGCAGUGCUCAGCCCUGAUCUGAGCUCCCUAUCUCCCUCAUCUGAAAUGAUGAAUCUCUGUUGUUCAUGGUUUUUUUUAAGUUAUUUGAAGUUCAAAUAAUAACUCUCGUUUUAGUUGCUACUUGAGCUGGAUUUGGAGGUAUUGUCAUCUGGAAAUCAUUAGGAAUAAGUUUAGAACUGUGGGUUUGUUAGUACAAGGUAAUCUUAUCUCUUCUAUGGUGUGUGGAUACAUUGAAAGCAAAAUAUGGGACUUUUUGAUGACUUGCCUUUGCCUGAAGACAAAGCUUAUUUGAGACGUGAACUCGCUAAAAUAGAUGAGAGUUGGACUGUUGCUCGUUUUGAUUCACUACCUCAUUUUGUUCACAUUUUGACGUCAAAAGAUCGUGAUGCUGCUGCACAAUUGUUGAAGGAGCAAAGUGAUGUUGUUGAGGAGGUUGUGGAUGAAGUAGUACAAACCUAUCAUAGUGGCUUCAACAAAGCUAUCCAAAACUAUUCCCAGAUCUUGAAGUUUUUCAGUGAUUCCACUGAGAGUAUCUCCGUCUUAAAGGUAGAUUUGGCAGAGGCAAAGAAGCACCUUAGUGCGCGCAAUAAACAAUUGCAUCAAUUAUGGUAUCACUCAGUUACAUUGCGACACAUAAUCUCCUUAUUGGAUCAAAUUGAAGGCAUUGCUAAGGUUCCAGCACGUAUGCUCAUUGCUGAGAAGCAAUUUUAUGCUGCAGUUCAAUUGCAAGUGCAGUCUAUGCUGAUGCUUGAGAGAGAAGGUCUCCAAACUGUAGGAUUUCAACUCACUCACAUUUUAUCCUAUUUUCAUCUUAUUUUGAGUAGGAACAUGCUAUUUUUCAUUAAUAGUUCCCCACCUUGGUUCUGCACUUCACUUGGUAUUUUAGUUAAAAGGAGCAAGUGAUUUGUACAGAUAAAAGGGCAAACAUACUAAAAGCAGGUGAUACGAUAUCCAUCAUAUCAGAAAAUCUAUAAACAAACAAAGAACAGAUGUGGCUAAACAAAUACAACAAAGCUGUUGCAUCUGUCUGCUUGUUAGAUAUUAAUAUUGCCUCAAGAAGACUAAGAAUGUGAGAAAGUCCUGUGCGUCAUAGAGAGCUAUAAUUGUUAUUCUAUCCUCUAUUAUAUGGAAAGGCAAAGGGAUGCCUCUGAAAAUGCCAAUCAUUUAGUUGGUUA